UCCGCCUGCUGCCCGCCGUGCGCAGCCUCUCCGUCGCGCCCUGCGUCCGGAUGUGGCCCCGACACGGCUCUCCAUUCGUCAUCACACCCGUUUCAGCCCGCCUGCCCCCGUGUCAGGCACGCUGAACCGCCGUCGACCGCACCCUUGCCGUGACUGCUCCCGCGAACCACCGCCGCACCUGCCUCCCGCCACCCCACCGCCGACCAGCCCAGCAUGUCGGCCUUCCACGCCGUCAACACCACCCUGACCGUGCGUGACCCGCUGCCGGCACGCUCUGGCGAAGAGACGAACCCCACCACCCCUCGGCCCGAUGCCCGCUUCCAGAAGGACCUGAGGACCGCCGACGACGCCAAAGCAGAGGACCCUUCGCUCAAAACCCCGACCCGCAACAGCUUCGUCGGCAUUGCCGGCCAGCGGCCCUUGCCCUCCGAGCCCUUCGAGCCCGCGCGCGAACUGAGCGAGACGCCCUCGACCAAGAGCAACCUGAGCAGAGGGCAGUCGCACGCCUCGGUCGACACAACAGAAGACGUGCACAUGGGCGACGAGGACGACGACAAAGACGGGUCGGACAACGAAAGCGUGACCAGCGAGAACGGCAGACCGUCCAAGAAGAAAAAGGGCCAGCGUUUCUUCUGCACCGAGUUCCCGCCAUGCAAUCUGAGCUUCACGCGAAGCGAGCAUCUGGCCAGGCAUAUCCGGAAACAUACCGGUGAACGGCCAUUCCAAUGUCACUGCUCGCGACGCUUCUCGCGACUCGACAACCUUCGACAACACGCUCAGACUGUCCACGUAAACGAGGAUAUUCCUGCCGAGUCCCUUGCUGCGACCGGCACAAGGUUUCAGAGACAGAUUCGGACGGACCGGGUCAGGCCUCCCGGCCCUCGCUCCCGAGCAAACACGCUUGGGAGUAUGGGCGGACACAGCAGAGGUCAUAGCAGGAACCUCUCCACUUCGAGUAUCACAUCGACUAUCUCGGCCAUGAGCGUGACACAAUCCCCAGAUGCUAGGCGCCGACCUCCCCCGCUUGCCAUGGCUAGCGAUGAUUCCGCGAGAGCUCGAUUAUCACUUCAAACCAUGGAAGCUUAUAAUCCGCCGCUGAUGGGUAGCCCGGGCCCUCAAAUCGUCGACUACGAUUCGCAAUCCAACGCCCCUACAACACCUACGUCCGCCACCUACUCUGGGAUCGCAGGCAGCCCUGCGCAGUUCGGUUCGGCAAUGCAAUCACCGGCAUCCACGUCCUCCAGGCCAGUCUCUUGGGCAGGCCCACCACCCGGACGUCGCUUGUCUAACAGCAAUCCCUUUUCAGGACCACCUGGUCAAGCGCCUCCACCGCACAUGUCUCCCCUUCCCUCGUCAGCCGCCUCCACUUUCUCUACUCAAAGCAGCGUAUACGCAAGUCCUGUCGUUUCGAAUUUCCCGGGCCAGAGAAGGGAAUCAAACGCAGAUGCAGACUGGAGAAGACGAACGUGGCAUCCGGGAACAUACACUGGACCUCGGCCAGCUACGAGUGGACUCGGCUACCAUCAGACACCCGAUGCGGACCGACCAUCAUACACAUCACAACCUGCUGCCUCUCAGACCAGGCUUCCCGGUAUCGAGAGUUUUGACUAUGCGCCUCCUCCACCAGCACUAUCACGCCCUCUGCAAGGCCCCCCGCACACAGACGCACUGCAGCGGCCCCUUACGUUCCAGGCACCGAUUGAGCCUCUGCCAGGCGUUGGCCACAGAAAACGCAUGAGUGUCUCCUGGGAGGAUACUAUGCAAAGGGGCAUCAAUCGCUUAGACAUUACUGGUUCAGCCUCCCCGCGUGAAUCCUGGUCGCAGUAUUCUCCCAACGCACAGCCAGCUGCACCGCGACCUAUGACUGCACCGCAUGGCUACUUCAAUCAUCACCAGCCGAUUCAUGUACCCCAGCCCCUGCAGAUCCACCCCGCUGAUUCAGCACGUAGCUCUCAGGAAGUGCCUGCCACACCUCGUAAGAACAAAAGGCAGGCCUGGUAUAAUGGUCCCGUCAGUCAACCUGUCACCCAGCCGGUGCGAGCUAUGCAGCGUACGUCUCCAGAGGACUCGAGCAGCAGUGAAGGUAUCCCUACUCCAGGCAACACUACCAUGAGCGAAUACCACCCUGCAAUUGUUCAUAGCAAUGGUUUCGUCGAGGCACACCCUCCAGGCGCUCACAUGGAGGACUACAAGCUUGCAGCUUCGAUCAUGGACAGACCACACCCGCUCCACAGCGGCCAUCAAUCUUACCACAGACACACCCUCUCUAACUCAAGCUCAAGCUCAAGCUAUCGACCCCAACGCGAGCCAGAGAGAGGGCCCCCGAUGUUUGGUCAACCUCUGCCUCCACAAGGUGUCAAUGACAUGAGAAGACUGGAUGCACUUGUAGCUGUCGCGACUGGUGAGCACCAAGCCGUUGAAAACCGAUCUUGAAGCAUUCUCCAGUCAACAUCUCCUCUCCAAUCAUCCAUCUCACAUACGAAGUUACGGCCACGGAACAACUAACGAACCUUUCUGAUCUAACGCUCCGAUAUACAUCUCCAACUUGGUUCAA